GUGUGGCAACUGACAAUAUUCGAGGCAGCAUUAAACAGCAGUUUGCACAGGCUGGGCUCUAAACGCGGGAGAGAGGAGAGCGGCAGGCAAUGGCGGUUGAAAUCCCUGUCGAUCGAGCCCUGGAGCCCAACAAUGGCGAGUUAUCCGUGGCGAGCUCUCCGAUCCCAAAGCCGACUGCGAAUCCCCAAGAAGAGAUGAGGGCUGUUGCCCGCGUCAUCUCCGAUCAACCUCUGCCCAACCCCGAACCCGGCGUCUGGGCCGUCCUUACCGCCAUCUCCAAGAACGCUCGGUUCCGUCCUCAGGGAGUGAAUAUGCUUUUGACUGAAGAUGAGCAUUGCAUUGGCCGCUGUGUAGAAGAUCGUUUCCAGAUCAAUUCCAUCUCUAUUAGUGCAAAUCAUUGCAAAAUUUAUAGAGAAAGAGAAACUCAUACAGAUGGAAAAGCAGAUUCUAGCACCCCCUUCGCAGUGUAUUUGAGAGACACAAGCACCAAUGGGACUUACGUUAACUGGGUAAAGCUUAGAAGAAGUUCUAAAGUCAGAUUGACACAUGGAGAUAUCGUUUCCUUUGUCUCGCCCCCACUCGGUGACAAUUCUUAUGUAUUUGUUUAUCGAGAAGUCCCUAGUUCAAGUACUGAAGGUUCAAAGAGGAAAUCAGAGGACUUUAGCAAUGAGAGCAAAAGGCUAAAAGGUAUUGGCAUUGGCGCACCUGAUGGACCUAUAUCACUAGAUGAUGUUCGAAGCCUGCAACGUUCAAACAUGGAACUUAGGCAACAAUUGGAAUCUCAUGUUCUUACCAUUGAGGCUUUGCACAGUGAAAACAGGGCGAUAAAUGCCCGUCAUGAAAAUGAGCUGAAAGGGCUGAAGGACACCGUCUCUAAUUCAUAUGAUGAUCAGAUUAAAGAUCUGCUGAAUGUACUAGAAGCAAAGCAGAAAGAACUUGAUGAUCUGAAAGCCACAUCCGCCGAAUUACAGAAUUCCAUAAAGGAUCUUAAUGAAAGACUUCAUGCAUCCCUGCAAUCACGUGCUGAUGCGGAUGAGAUAAUUAAUAGUCAGAAUGUAACCAUUUCAGAACUAGAUGCACAAUUAGAUGAAGAAAGAAAUCAGAGAAGGGGAGAGCGGGAAAAAGCAGAAAUGGAUCUAAAGUCUGCCAUACAAAAAGCACAUGUAGAAGCUCAGGAGGAGAUUAAACGACAGGCUGAUGUUUACUUGAGGCAAAAUAGAGAACAGCAAGAAUUGAUCACCAAACUUCAGGAGUCAGAGAAGGAUAGCCGUUUACUAGUAGACAUGCUAAGAUCUAAGCUGGAAGAUGCAAGGGAGAGUCUGGUAACGUCUGAGAAGAAGUCUAGGCAGCUGGAAGCCCAAUUUCAAGAUGAACUUGUGUCUUCUGCAAAUAGCCGAAAACAGGUGGCACGGGAAGAAGCAUGGGCUAAAGUUUCAUCGCUUGAACUUGAAAUUGCUGCAGCAAUUCGUGAUAUUUCCAUUGAAAAGCAAAGGUUUCAGGGUGCUAGAGAAAGAAUUAUUCUACGGGAAACCCAACUGAGGGCUUUCUACUCCACGACUGAGGAGAUUUCUGCAUUAUUUUCGAAGCAGCAAGAGCAGCUGAAGGCAAUGCAAAAGGCCUUGGAGGAUGAGGAGAACUAUGAAAACUCCUUAUUUGUUGUUGAUUUAAAUAUGCCUGUUAAUCUAAAUUUUAAUUUGGCCCAACCUAGAGGAAAUCCCAAAGAGUCUUCCAGUGCUUCAACUCAGAAGAAUUCCUUCCUCAAAAUUGAUAGUAAGGAUGACUGUGACGUCGACGACGAUGAUGAUGAAGCCGUAUGCACCACCCAGAAGAAUGAUUGUCAAAAUGAUAGCCAAGAUGGUAACACUCAAGAUCUACAAGGUGGAGGUGUUGAUAGGUUGGCUUCUCGAGGUUUUGGCUCUGAUAUCGAUGGUGUGGGAACAGAAAUUGUUCCUGAUUUGAACCAAAAUGAUACUGAACGUGUUAUUGGAACUGAAAGCCAAGUGGAUGAAAGAGGUUCUGCUGCUCUUGCUCUUCUCAAAUGCAGCAACCUUGCUGGAGAUACUAUGCAGAUUGAUGAGGAAAUUGAAGCCCAAGUUGACCAGAAAGAUCUCAAAACUAGCCCAUCAUCCCAGCAGAGAAAGGAGGAUACUGAAGCCAGCACAAUCAGAACUGCUGAUCUCUUAGCUUCAGAAGCUGCAGGGAGCUGGGCAAUUGACACCGCUCCAUCAGUUUAUGGGGAGAAUGAAUCUCCAGAAGAUCAUGGUACAGGUGCCGAGGCUGAUGCUGCUACUGCAUUUCUGAUGCUUGGUUCUGAAGGUCAGGCUGCAGGGAGUCAGAGCAAUUCUGCUCGCGGCAUUACCAAACUUACUAGAGAGCACCGGGCACUUUCCGCCAUGAUUGACAUAGUUGAACCUGAUUUCAAGCAAAAAUUUCCUGGAUUUGUCGGUGUGACACAGAGUGAGUCUCCUUCAGAUGCAGAAACAGAGGAAGGAAGUAACCAUAGUGAACCCAGUGAUAAAAAUGAUAAUGAUUCUGAUGGUGAUUCUAGUUCAGAUGAUGCAACAAAUGGUGCUGAAGUGAUGAUUGAAGAUUCUGUUGGCUGAUUAUAUCAGCUUCUCUUCUUGCUCCAGUAUAGUUCAUUUCUGCUCUUACAACAACAAAAACGGCAACAUCAAGUCUUUGCCUCACUACGUGGGGUCGGCAAUAUUAAUCCUUUUUCGCCGAUGAUUCAUGCUCUUACAUUGUACAAAAAUCUAUGUUGUUAAUACUAGUAGGCAAUGCAGAGAUUAACUUUUAGGUUCUUAUUUGAGAUAGUUUUCUUGUUAUUUUAUAAAGCAGAUUUUGAGCACA